AUGUUAUAUCGUCAAUGGCUUGGCCGACGGACUCGAGGAACUCUUGAGCGACGGGCGCAACGGUUUCAAAGGAAGCGGGGAGGUCGUAGACGGAGCGUGAAUCGAUGGUCAGGGUCCGGGUUUAGGUCGUCGGAACGUGGGUUGUUGUGUGAUGAUAUGAGUGAGUCGGGUGGUGUGUUAUCAUCUGACUCUCAGAAUACGGAUAUGAAGAAAUUCAUUGGGAAAUUUGAAUUCCGAAUCCAUCACGUGUCAUCUCAGCUCCUUACUACACAUCGUGCUUUUCGCCUCUCCCUCUGCGCAUCCACCAGCGACGCUCUCUCGGACCCAGAAAAUAAUGCACACGCACACGUCACGUAA